CCCCGGCCCGCAGAGGAUGUACAAGCAGUCGAUGGCCCAGCGCGCCCGCACCAUGGCUCUCUACAACCCCAUCCCCGUGCGCCAGAACUGCCUCACCGUCAACCGCUCGCUCUUCCUCUUCGGCGAGGACAACGUGGUGAGGAAGUACGCCAAGAAGAUCACCGAGUGGCCUCCCUUCGAGUACAUGAUCCUGGCCACCAUCAUCGCCAACUGCAUCGUGCUGGCGCUGGAGCAGCACCUGCCUGACGAGGACAAGACGCCCAUGGCGGAGCGGCUGGACGACACGGAGCCCUAUUUCAUCGGCAUCUUCUGCUUCGAGGCCGGCAUCAAGAUCAUCGCGCUGGGCUUCGCCUUCCACAAGGGCUCCUACCUGCGCAACGGCUGGAAUGUCAUGGACUUCGUGGUGGUGCUCACAGGCAUCCUGGCCACGGUGGGCUCCCAGUUCGACCUGCGCACGCUGCGCGCCGUCCGCGUGCUGCGCCCGCUCAAGCUCGUCUCGGGCAUCCCAAGUCUCCAGGUGGUCCUCAAGUCCAUCAUGAAGGCGAUGAUCCCCCUGCUGCAGAUCGGCCUCCUGCUCUUCUUCGCCAUCCUCAUCUUCGCCAUCAUCGGGCUGGAGUUUUACAUGGGCAAGUUCCACACCACCUGCUUCGACCUGGUCACGGGUAGGUGGCGGCACCCAUGGAGCAACGAUGCCUCAGGGAACACUUGGAACUGGCUCUACUUCAUCCCCCUCAUCAUCAUCGGCUCCUUUUUUAUGCUGAACCUCGUGCUGGGGGUGCUGUCCGG